AUGGAGAAGGAUGUGAGAGAUCAGCAACUCGUGUCAUUAUCCCAAGACAGGGAGGGGCUGAUGCAGCAAUUGGCAAGAAAUGAAACAGCAAUGGAUGAUUUCCACCGAGGAAUAGAACAGAGUCCGUUGAUGGAGCGCAAUGAAUUAAUCCGCGAGGUUUUAUUGAUGGAAUAUCGAAUUGGCAACUUGGAAAUCGACAAGAUGCAACUGCAAACAUUGCGGGAGUUGCAAACAAAUGGGAGUGAUGGUCAAUACGGCAACAAUGAUGGCCCCCAACCUCAAACGUCUGGCCGAGACAAUGAUCGUGUUCGUCUGCCGAAGAUUAAGACGAGUAGAGGAUUCUUCGAGGAGCUUCGAGAGCAUCUGUACCCGAGUCGGUCCAAUAGCAAUCGUGACAAACAUCAAGAAGUCGCGCACAAGGUUUCAGUGUCUCCUGUGACCAGCAACAAACAUUGGGGCAUACACCUGAACAACGCUUCACUCCCCUACAUUCGUCGGAAGAAGAAGAAUCCCAUACCACUGUACGUUCAGCCAAGCACAUCCGGCAGUCUUGCUGAAGUUUCAGCACUGGGAAGAACUCCGCCCGCGAAAUCACUAGCCGAACCUUACCUCAAAUCGCUCAAAAAGCGGCACAAGCCUCGUGGUAAGCAUAGUAAGAAUGCGCAACUGAAGUAA